AUGUUACGAAUCUCUGCGAAACAUUGCGAUACCGUUAUACGAAUUGCAAUCUCUGCCUAUGUGCCUGAGAACCUCUACAAGACAUAUACGGUCAGUGUAAAAGCUCAGCCACCAUGUAAUGGAGAGUUCAAAGCAAUCGUUCGUCAGACUGAUCAUGGCUUCGAAAUGGCGUCUAGAUCGAUCGAUCGACUGGAUCGAUACAGAAAGAAUGGGAACUGUGUUGACGACUCGUUAAAGCACCUUUGUCACUGCAAACCGACGUCUGAGCCAACGAAAACCAAGGGCAGAGCGUGA